GAUAGUUAAUCAAUGAGAACCUCGACAAUACCCAGUUCGCCAAUUCUUUUCUCUUUAACAUCAAAACAUGGUCAAAUUUGUUUACCCAAUUCAGUUAAUCGCCGACCCAAUCGACCAAGACCUAUCAAUUUUCCAUUCAACAAUUCAACCCGAAACAUUAACCGUGGCCGUAGUCCCAUAUCAUUAAAACCAGACAAUACUCAACCAAAAAACGGUAAUAAUUCAUCUUUCAAUUCCAGGAGACGAUUACCUCGAGGUCUUUCAUUGCGGGAAUUUAUUCAAGGAUUUCGCAUGUUUAUCUCUGGUGAUGUCGUUGGACUUUUCAAUUCAACCGGACUGUUAACUGGUUUAGGAGUAAGUUCAUUGGAAUCAGGAUCGUUUAUUGAUACUGCAAUCAUUCAAUUGGCCAAAAUAUAUGGCAUUAAUAUAAAAUCCAGUGAUGACUUGAUUCCAGCUUUGUUUCUUAAAGGAUUUGCUGACAUUACGGGUUGUAGAUUUUGGGUCAGUCUAGCGUUCAAAUGGAUCAGUUGCAUUGGAAGCCACAUUGAGAAAUAUCACAUUUUGAAUGGAAUGUGCCUAUUGUACUGCACCUUGGGUUCGAUCCGUACUUAGAGUAAAUUCAUCGUCAGAGAACGAAGGAUCGAAGUGAAUCCCCUUGGUAUAUUAGACUUAUUACAGACAUGUUAGCUGAUUUAAGUCGUCCAGAGGGGAAAAAGGAGAAAAAGCCAUCCAGAACGGAAAAUAAUACAAUACUAAAUUUACAUGAUAAAGAAAAGAAAGACAG